AUGCUGCGACACGGCCGAGCUGGUGUGCCGAUGGAAGUCAUGGGUCUGAUGCUGGGAGAGUUUGUGGACGACUACACAGUACGCGUGGUGGAUGUAUUUGCCAUGCCGCAGUCAGGGACGGGCGUGUCUGUCGAGGCAGUAGAUCCCGUCUUCCAGACCAAGAUGAUGGACAUGCUGCGACAGACUGGCCGACCUGAGACUGUUGUCGGAUGGUACCACUCGCAUCCUGGUUUUGGCUGCUGGCUGUCCUCGGUCGAUAUCAACACCCAGCAGUCCUUUGAGCAGCUGACACCUCGCGCUGUCGCUGUUGUCAUCGAUCCCAUCCAGUCCGUCAAGGGCAAGGUCGUCAUCGAUGCCUUUCGCCUCAUCAACCCUCAAACCCUCAUGCUCGGACAAGAGCCUCGCCAGACCACUUCCAACUUGGGUCACCUCAACAAGCCAUCCAUUCAAGCACUCAUUCACGGCCUCAAUCGCCACUACUACAGCAUCGGCAUUGGCUACCGAAAGACUGCGCUGGAGGAGGGCAUGCUCAUGAACUUGCACAAGACCGUCUGGACCGAGGCCCUCACCAUGCCCGACUUCGCAGCAGAAGGCACGCGCAAUGAGGCGAACUUGAAGAAGCUGGUGUCAUUGGCGGAAGGCUACGAGAAGCGGGUCAAGGAAGAGACGGAACUCACAAAAGAACAGCUGCGGACACGAUAUGUUGGCAAGGUUGACCCAAAGAAGCACAUCGAGACUGUGGGACAGGAGCUCAUCGAGGACAACAUCGUGAGCGUGUCGAGGCAGAUGAUUGAUAAGGAAGCGAGUGUGCCUUCAGCGGAAGGUCUUGGCUCAGCGCGACAGCUCAACGGCAAGCUCAACGGCACCGCGAAUGGUCACGCGCAAGCAGAUGUCGGCAUGGAGGUGGACGAGGAGCUGUAGUUGCGGCAUGGAAGCAUGGUUAUGGGAAUAUGACUACUUGAUGUAUUAUGUGCAUAGCCUCGGCGCCCGGCGCACUGCAGACUGGAAAAGGUAGAGUACAGUCGUGCGAGGUUCUGAUUUGCGAAGCCAAGGCCAAAGGUUGAGCCGACCGCCUCCAGCUAGGCGUAUCGCCG